ACAACCCGGAAGCCAACGGCAUGGUGAAGCGUUUCCACAGAUCCCUGAAAGCUGCCCUGAUGUCUCGAUGUAGCAACUCAAUGUGGUUUUCGCA